AACAUGCAGGAUAGGCGAUCCUGAGGUCCAGGGUUGGUGACCCCUGCUCUAAAGAAACAGUGAAUAAGCUCCUCCAGCUUCUUUUAAAGGAAUGGACCAAUUCUAGUAACUCAUUAAAACGUAAGGUGAAAUUCGAUAGAUAAUAUUAAAACAUCUAUAUGUGUCUUAUUAUUUACGCGACAGAAUAAAGCUGUGCGUCCUUGAGGAAAUGGCAGUUCCUCUCGCUCUUUGAAGAUGUAAGGUCCAUUAUUGCUUCAUGCAUUCCAAAGCAGAUAAAUGUUUUCUCUGUCCAUGUGUAUUGAGCUUGCAGAUUCCAUUAAAACCCUUUAAAAGAACAUCCAGCCUCUCCACCGCCCGAGGUGCAAUGGCUUCACACCUUGGCCGACCUGCAGACGUCUGAAGUAGCAGCACGGCCGCUGCAGUGCCAGCCGACACUGAUGGCUGACCCAUUCACACAUCCCAGCAGCACCACCUUUGAUCCCGGGGUAUUUAACCUCUGCAGCCAAAGUCACUCAGUUGUUGGAAUUCAGACGCAGAAGAUCAUGUCUACAGUUCAUGGAAAUCUACGCGUCGGGGACCUGAAUCCUUUCCAGAUGUACCACGAAGGGCCGCUGCAGAUGAACGGCAUGGUCACCUCAGAUUAUGCCACCUCAGAUGUUACAGACUACUUCAACUCUGCUGACUCUGCGCCGAGGGUGGAUAAAUGCGUGGCAAUACUGACCCACAGGAGAAAGAGGACCAACUUCACUCAGCAGCAAAUCGAAGUGCUGGAGAAGGUUUACUCGGACACUAAAUAUCCUGACAUCUAUCUCCGAGAGAGACUAGAGGCUCUGACUGGGCUACCGGAGUCCAGAAUUCAGGUUUGGUUCCAGAACAGAAGGGCCAAAUCUCGUCGCCAGGUGAGUUCAUCCGUGUCCAUGAAGGUCCCCAACACCCCUACAGCUGUCCCCUUCAACCAGAUCCAAAGCAGGAUGGUCCCCGAGAAAGUGUAUGAGAAGAACCACAGUGUUGAAGCGCACAGGAUAGGUGGUUUUGGCCUGGAGGACACUUACAGACCCACAAUGCAACAGAACACAGUUGACGCUCACACUCAACCCAGCAGCUUCGAACACACACCUGUUUCCUGCAUCUAUGACAAGGAUGGAUCCAGACCGAAGCCUGAACAGCUGCAGAGACCGGAGCUGAGCGUCAACGUCCCAUGCUGCAACGUCCAUCUUUAUCUGAAGGAAAACGAGCAUCAGAAUAAAGUCAGCGUCACUGGUGAUCAGGUUCCGAAGGUUCUGGUGGAAUAUGACAAUUUCCCACCCAACAAAACCAUCGGACCGGAGAUGAAAGUAGUGAUCCCUCCCAUUCCUAUGCAGGGGAACUUCAGCAGGUCAUCACCGAAGGAUGCCGGGUGCCAAAUCCAGUACGCACAAAUGAGACCUGUGGGGGGCAGGUUCGGUCAGUUCUCCCCGAUCCGAACCACUGAGGUGCAGGACUUCUCCGAUUCCGAAUCUGAGUGGGAGAACGAAGCUAUGGCUGGAUUUGCAGGUUUUAUGUAAAUGUGUGGAACCAGCUGGUGUGUAGUUGUACGUGUGUGUGUAUUUUACGCAUUAUAAUCAACCCUGUUUGUAACAUAAGAGCUGAUAUACAGGGGUUUGUUUGCUUUACAUGAAAAUCCUUUAUUUAUUGUAAAAAGUUAUAA